AUGGCUUCACCAGCAAAACGUCUUAAAACUACCCCACUACGCAUUGGAACUCACAAGUAAUUCUACCCCCUUUCAACUCUUGGAUAUGUUUUUGAUGUGCUGAUGGCCAAUUUCGAUUCUCCCCAGCGGCCAUUUCCAUGUAUGUUUGAUUCUCGGGAGACAGACGAACGACGGGGAGACGACUAACCAUUUACGACAAAUUUUAGGCUGAUGAGGCUCUUGCAGUCUACAUGCUGCGUCUCUUACCAGAAUACCAGGAUUCGACCCUGACUCGUUCCCGGGAUCCUGCCGUCCUCGAAGAGUGCGACAUUAUUGUAGAUGUACGAAAUCCUGCCCCCGAUCAGUCGGCUGGUUUCGGGAAUCGGGUUUGAUUGACAAAAUUUUCAGGUCCAAGGUCAGUACGACGGUACGAAACACUUCGAUCACCACCAGCGUACAUUCUCGGAAACCUUCUCUCCAGAAUUCCAGACCAAACUUUCCUCGGCCGGGCUGAUUUACAAGCACUUCGCAACCCAGAUGAUAUCCCAUCGCCUAUCCAUUCCUAUAGACGACCCAUCCAUAACGCUCCUGUACAACAAGGUCUACAAGGACUUCAUCGAGGCGAUCGACGCGAACGAUAAUGGGAUCUCUGCCUAUCCUUCGGAUGUCAAGCCAGCCUUUAACGACAAGUCCAUAAGUCUCCCGUCCUUGGUGGGUUUACUGAAUCCUGAAUGGAAUGAUCCGGUCAAGACACAAGAGUCCGAGGAUGAAAAGUUCCUUGAAGCGUCGAAAUUGAUGGGCACUGUCUUUGUUCAGAAGUUGGAUUACUACGGCAAGUCAUGGCUUCCGGCAAGGGAUUAUGUGGUGAAGGCAAUGGAGGGCCGGUUCGAGCACGAUGAAAAGGGAAGAAUAUUGAUCUUUCCCCAGUCCAUUCCGUGGAAAGACCAUUUGUUUACCCUUGAGGUGGAGGCUGGAAUAGAAGAGGAGGACAAGAAGCCUCUAUACGUGCUGUACAGCCAGGAGGCUGAAAAGCAAGGCUGGAGGAUUCAAUGUGUGCCUGUCAGUAGGGAUAGCUUCGAGAGCAGGAAGCCAUUGCCUGAGCCUUGGAGGGGUAUGAGAGACGAUGCUCUCAGCGAGGCUUCCGGUAUCCCGGGAGGUGUGUUUGUGCAUGCUAGUGGGUUCAUUGGAGGAAACGAGACCUUUGAGGGAGCAUUGGAGAUGGCAAAAAAAUCACUCGGGUUGUAGGGUUGGCUAGUCAGCGGUCUGGGUAG